AUGGUGAAAACCCGCUUGGGUCUGAUACCGACAGUACCCUUUGACGACGUAAUUGAUGGAAAAGGUCAAGGCCUCAACAUCCUUCUGGAGUAUGUCGGCAAACUGUUUAUGUACUAUAUCGUGGCUUCCGUCCUAACCCGUGUUAGUGGCCCACCCGGCGUCGGAAAGACGUUCACGGUUGAAGGAACCUCAGAAUAUUUGAAGCGGCCUCUCUAUUCGAUAUCCGCAGGCGGGCUCGUUGUUGACCACGGAGAUUCCAAUGCGCUUGAGCAACAACUUGAAACUGUAUUCAAGAUUGCUCAGCACUUUAAAGCCGUGCUUCUCUUGGAUGAGGCGGAUGCGUUCAUGGAACAGCGGACAUCCUACCACGACACUCACAAUCGCCUGGUAACCGUCUUCCUCCGAAAACUAUAA